AUGUUUGUCAACGCAAUUGCAGACAAGAGCAAAGAGUUCCGACGCUUCGCUGAAAGCCAACACUGUGCGCCCGCUACAGCCUUACCAAAACCAUUCCUUGGAACCCUCAGACACAAGCUCGGGCUUCUGCUAUACCCUGGCGGUGAUCUCCUCGAUAAUGUCUUCGCCAACAAAUUCCGCAAAUAUGGCCCUACCCACGCUCUCCACAACCGCAACGGAGUUCCACUCGUCAUCCACACAAUCGACCCUGUCAACAUCAACGCCAUCCUGAACAAGUCCGCCAGCCACUGGGGACCUUCAAAAGCCCGUGCUCGGACCAUGUACCCCUUAGCUCAGGAGGGCUUACUCAAUUCGGAAGGAGCGUCUUGGCACAAGAACCGCAAGAUGAUCCUUCGACACAUCUUCACGAAGCGAGCUAAAGACGUCCGCAACUCCGAAACAGACAUUCAACUGCUCUUCGAUGCUAUCGGGCCUGUCGAUGAUGAUGGCUGGACGCAAGAAGUUGAUUUGUUGGAUCUGUUCCAUCGCUUGUCGUUGGACAUGUCGACGACGUUCUUGCUGGGGACUAGUGCGGAGUCUCAGCUUUCUGGGAUGAGAGAUGCGAGGAUGAAGGCUGCUAUGAUGGAGUUUGGGCUUGUGCCUGGGAAGCGGUCUUCGAAGUACACGUAUGGAGAGGCAUAUGAAGUCGUGCGGAAUUACUUUUCGUGGCGGUCUAAGCUUGGUUCGAAGUACUGGAUCGCGGAUGGACUGAAGUACCGUAAAGCAUGCAACACCCUCAACGACUUCGCCGACGACCUCAUAAAACGGGCUAUGCAACGCUCCCCAUCCAUCCAAGACUCCCUCAACUCCCCCGACAGCAAAUACGGCCUCAUCGACAGCCUUGUCAUCGAAAUCGGCGAUCCCAUCCACAUCCGCAACCUAAUCAUGGACCUCUUCAUCGCCGGCCAGAACAUGACGGGAACCAUGGCCGCCUGGGUCUUCGCGCAACUCGAAGCCCACCAAGACAUCCUCCAGCAAGUCCGCUCCGAAGUCGUAGAGAAAUUCGGCACGGAGGAGAACCCUCGUGCGGAUUUGACCUGGGAUAAUCUGAAAUCCUGCAAUAUGAUGCAGAAUGUGAUUCUGGAGACGUUGAGGAUGUACCCCUUACUCGCCAACAUCGGACGGAAUGCCAAGUGCGAUACCGUUCUGCCGCGAGGUGGUGGAGACGAUGGAUCACGCCCGAUUGCGGUGCCGAAGGGUGCAGCGGUGACUUGUAACAUCUAUCUCGUUCAUCGAAGGGAAGAGGAAUGGGGAGAGGACGCAUGGGACUUCAAGCCUGAGAGGUGGAUCGGGAGGAAGUUUGGGCCGGAGUAUGCGCCUUUCGGCAUGGGGCCGAGGGUUUGUGUUGGUCAACAUCUCUCGAUGACGGAGAUAUCCUUCCUCAUCGCUCGGAUGAUGCAACACUUCUCCGAAAUGAAAUCUCCUGAAGGACAAGACAAUCUGACGAAGGGGUAUCGAGUCGUUGUCGCUCCGAAGAAUGGUGUCAAGGUCAGGCUCAGGAGGGCAACGCCUAACUCAAGCGAUGCGACGAUGGGAGCCAGAAGAUGA